UUCAACCUAGUCACUAGUCGGAGAUCUUCAAAAAUAUUAAAACCUUCAACGCGAUGGUCGAAGCACAAAUUUUAACGUUUGCCUGUUGGCUCGUUUUGUUGACCGUUUCACAUGUGGUGCCUUCCUGUUGUAGUACUUUUGGAUAUGAGCUACUCGCUGCUCGUCUGGAAAGCUUGGAAAAUGUUGCCCUCAACUCGAAACUCAAAUUCACGGAGGAUACUCAAAGCUUGCGAAGUGAUCUGCAAACGUUGACGACUAACAUUCAGAGUGUGGCGUGGAAUAAAUUUGAUGGGAAAACGAGAAGUGCCGCGGAAGGUCGCGUGAGUUCGACCACCGGAACAGAAUCCAUUUCAGAACAUCCUCGCUCCUGUGAUCAGAUUUUGACCCGGAAAUCUGCACCCUACUACGUGGAUAUCUUUCGAGGUAUCCUGCCUCCGUUCGAGGUAUACUGCGACCAGGAAUUCGAAGGCGGCGGUUGGUUGGUGUUUCAGAAUCGGUACAACGGUGCCGUCGACUUCUAUCGGUCCUGGAGGGAAUACAAGGAAGGAUUUGGUUCUCUCGAUGGUGAAUUCUGGCUUGGAUUGGAAAAAUUGCAUCAAAUAACCUACUCCGACCACUACGAACUGGCUAUUGUAAUGGAAGAUUUUCAUGGCGAAACAGCCUACGCUCGAUACUCGAGUUUCGCAAUCGGCGGUGAGGCAGAAAUGUAUAACCUAAUCAAACUGGGAACCUAUAGCGGAUCCGCCAAUGACAGUUUGAUUUAUCACGCCAAAGCAAAGUUUUCGACAUUCGAUAGUGAUAACGAUGAGAAUCCGACCAGCUGCGCUAUGACCUUCUUCGGAGCGUGGUGGUACAAGUCUUGCCAUACGAGCAAUCUGAAUUCUCGCUUCGUUCCACCUGGAUCGAACCUCGAAGCGAACAAGAUGAUUGUGUGGCGCAAGUGGAAGGGCGAUUUGCACACUUUGAAGAAAACGCGAAUGAUGAUCAGGCGCAUUCAGGGCAAGUGAGCUAGGAUGUGGGACAAAAGAU